AUGAAUUGGUUUAGCAAUUUGACUACGAAAUUGAAUUAUCUAGAUCUAUCUUUCAAUCAAUUCUCUGGUCCUAUCCCAUCGUCUUUAUCCUCUGAUGAAUUAUAUCUUCAAAAUAAUAAGCUUACCAGUUUAACAUCUUUCCUGUGCGAACCACGGCUGGUAGUUCAUCACAAAAUACAUGUUCUUGACCUUUCAAAUAAUCUGUUAUCUGGAAGCCUUCCUGAAUGUUGGGGGAAUUUGAACAACUUGGCUGUUCUCAAUUUAGGUCAUAAUAAUUUAUCCGGAGUUAUUCCAAAGUCAAUGGGUUUAUUACUACAAAUUCGAGUUUUGCAAUUGAGGCACAACAACUUCUCAGGAAAUCUACCCUCAUCCUUACAAACUUGUGAGCAGCUUCAAGUUUUUGAUAUUGGAGAUAAUGCAUUGGAAGGAAAAAUUCCAUUGUGGAUUGGCCAAAAUCUGACAAAUUUGAUCUUUCUGUCUCUAAAAUCUAAUCAACUCAGUAAUCGUAUUCCAUCUAAUAUAUGUAAUCUCCAUGCCAUUGAAAUGCUGGACCUUUCCAUGAAUAGAAUAUUUGGGACUAUCCCUCCAUGUCUAGAAAAUUUUACCUCUAUGGUGGAAAAACGAGAUCACAAUGUAUUAGAGACUGGAAGCAAUAGCUUUAGGGUGGAUGUACCUCUUGGUGAGAAUACUACAUUACUCUUUGAAUUAGUAUCACUAGUAAUUAUGUGGAAAGGAGUGUACCUUGAGAAUGAAAAGAUUUUUAGAUCAUUAAGACUCAUUGAUCUUUCAAGCAAUCAAUUGAUUGGACAAAUUGAAGAAGAAUUAACACAUCUUGUUGAAUUAAUUCAACUUAACCUAUCAUGGAACAAUUUGCAUGGAGCUAUCCCAAAGGAGGUUGGGAAAUUGAGCAAUCUACAAUCGCUUGAUCUGUCCAACAACAAGCUCUUCGGUGAAAUUCCCUCUAGCUUAGCUACAAUAUCCUUUUUGAGCUACUUGAAGUUGUCGAACAACCGAUUGUCUGGAAAAAUCCCCACAGGCACUCAACUACAAAGUUUUGAAGCUUCUAGCUAUACAGGAAACCUUAGACUUUGUGGACCUCCUCUACCAAAGCCAUGCUUUGGAGAUGAAACUUUACAAGGCAACCCAGAUUCAAAUCGUGAUGAAAUCAUUUUUGAAGACGAUGACAAAUGGUUUGACAUGAAAUAG